AUGAUCCCUCCCGACUCCGACGACUCGCCAUUGAAGACUUCCGGUGCUGGCUUCGGCCUGGGCCAGGAGGAUUCAUCGGCAGGCCUGGAUGAUUUUGAUACACAAAGCCAUGCGAGUUCCCGCGACCACGGUAGCACAAAUGCCCAUGACCCCGCGACGGGGGCCGACAGCGCUGGACUAGACAACCAGGGCGACGACACUACACGAGACGGCGCCGGUGAAGGGCCCGAAUCAGGGCCACUGGAUAAAGAUGGCAGACCGUCCUGGACCGAGAUGAAGACCAAGGCGGGGAAAGAGAGAAAGCGACUGCCGCUGGCCUGCAUCGCCUGUCGCCGGAAGAAGAUCCGGUGCUCGGGCGAGAAACCCGCGUGCAAGCACUGCACUCGCUCGCGAAUUCCCUGCGUCUAUAAGGUCACUACGAGGAAGGCAGCCCCGCGGACCGAUUAUAUGGCCAUGCUAGACAAACGCCUGAAGCGGAUGGAAGAUCGCGUGAUCAAGACAAUUCCUAAAGAUGAGACGAGAGAUAUGCACUCGAUUGGGCGGUCGGUAGUGAAGCCCUCUGUGCAGACACAGGCUUCUAAGGCUCAGAAGAAGAGGAGCGCGGAUGAAGCAUUCGCGGCUGAGAUGGAGGGCUGGGCGCGAGGAGAGCGUCGCCCGCAACAUGACACCUUCCCCAUGAGUCGCGAACCCAAGUCUUCUGAUGGCACGGGACUUCUGACCGAGGGCGCCGAGUUUUUGCCCUCGCUAGAGAUUCAGGAGCAUCUGGCAGAGGUGUUCUUCGAUUGCGUAUACGGCCAGUCAUAUCUCCUUCUACAUAAGCCUAGCUUCAUGCGAAGACUCAAAGCCGGCACCGUUCCUCCCGUCCUUAUUCUGGCAGUCUGUGCAGUAUCCGCUCGAUUCUCUACUCACCCACAGCUCAACUCAGAACCUCCUUUCCUCCGGGGGGAGAACUGGGCCAAUCCCGCGGCAGCCAUCGCUCUAAGCCGGCACGAUGAACCGAAUAUCACUAUUUUGACCGUAUUUCUACUCCUUGGUUUGCAUGAGUUUGGAACAUGUCACGGUGGAAGAAGCUGGUCCUUUGGAGGACAAGCAUUGAGGAUGGCAUACGCCCUUCAGCUUCAUCAAGAGCUUGAGAGCGAUCCGCUGCUCAAUCAGAAUAACGGCGCCAACUCGCAAUUAAGCUUCACAGAUCGGGAAAUCCGGCGGCGCACAAUGUGGGCAUGCUUUUUGAUGGAUCGGUAUAACUCAUCUGGAAGCCAACGGCCACCCAUUGGAAACGAUAAGUUCCUCCAGAUUCAACUGCCCAUCAAAGAGACACAUUUCCAAAUGGAAAUUCCAGGGCCUACGGAAGAUCUGGACGGGGACGUGCUUAAUCCUACACCCGAAAAUUCCGGCCAGCUUUCCAACGCCAAGGAAAAUAUGGGCGUUUCGGCAUACAUCAUCCGAGCCAUCGUCAUUUGGGGACGCAUCGUUGACUAUUUGAAUCUUGGUGGUAAAAGAAAAGAUCCCCAACCGCUUUGGCAUCCGGACUCGGGGUAUAACCGACUCAAGCGGCAAAUUGAAGAGUUCUCUGCCUCACUUCCCAACGGUUUAACUUUCACCUAUGAGAACCUCCAGAUUCAUGCCGCGGAAAAGAUCGCAAAUCAGUUCUUAUUCCUGCACAUCAUCACACAUCAGAACAUGCUAUUCUUGAACCAAUUUGCUAUUCCCCUAUCGCCCGGAGGACGGCCGCCUCGGGACAUGCCGAAACCAUUCCUGAGUAACGCUGGUCGAGCCGCUGUGGAGGCUGCUCAUCACAUUUCCGUGCUCUUUGAUCGCGCAUCGGCCUAUCCGCUUACUGUUCCCUUCGCUGGGUACUGUGCAUAUACGGCAAGCACUGUUCAUAUCUGGGGCAUCUUCUCCAAGAAUGUGCAGUUGGAAGCUCGGUCGAAGGAGAAUCUGCGCCACACUUACCGGUAUCUCAAUAAGAUGAAAAAGUAUUGGGGUAUGUUCCACUACAUGGUGGAGAGUGCUAAAGACCGAUACCGACAAUUCGCCGAUGCCGCCAUCAAGGGGUCUGUAGCGACUCAGAAUGGCACCUCGCUGGCUCCCAUGUUCCAAUAUGGUGACUGGUUCGACAAGUAUCCCCACGGCGUCUCGAGACUGCACUGGGAGGAUCCGGACACUCGACACAAGGAGACAGGCGAGGAUGCAGUUAUGGGUCAGAAGCCCGACCUCCAGAGCGUGGAAGACUUCUUUGCCAGUCUAUCUCCAACGCCACAGCACGCUGUUCCUCGCAGAUCUCGCCCGCGGAGGAAUAGCAAACUGCAGCGCCUUCCCCAGCCAUCUUUGUUCUCCCAAAAUGGGGCCAUGUCAUUCGGUCAAUCACCCUUUGACUUUAGCAUUCCACCGGAUCAAUUGCCGCAGUUGGAUCGGCAAUUUGUAUACGGGUCGUUUGCUGACUUCGAUCCUACCAACUUCGUUGCGCCAAAUAACCCCUCGAUGGCACCCCCACCACCCGUUAACGGUGUCGAGGCUCAAACUCCCGACCACUCCCUCUUCACGGGCCACCUUGACCCAAGCGCCCCGGCCGGGACAGGCGAGUUCUACCAGCCCAGUGCAUGGUUCCUCCCAUUCAACCUCGAUCCGAUUGGCAACGGCCCGCCCCCACAAUCAGUGGGAGGCCCGACUUCUGCUCCCGGCCCAGGCAGCGAUCUAUCAGGGCUGGGUGGAGGGGGCAACCUACCCUUCGUAUGA